CGCAAUAUGUAUUUGAUCGGCUUGCCCUCCUGCUAUCCGACUAAUCGUACGCUCUUCCAACCUUGGACAAGGUUCUUGAUACAGUACCAUGCACAAAAUGUCAAGCAAACUUUGUGGCUUUCCUCUUGCUAUCAAUUUAUUUAAUUGUACUCAACAGUCACCCACUUCUUCAGCAUGCUUUCGCUUCGAUGCUGCUCCUUUCUUCUUUCGGCAUUCGCCAUUGUGUUCACGAGAGCGGAACCGUCGCAAACCGUGGCUUGUCGCAGCAACCCCGAAGAGAUGGACCGCUUCUAUCAGAAGUAUCAUGAUCCUCGGUUGUGCGAAAGGUUGGGAGGCUCCUCGUUUGCGGAGGAAAUCAAGCACGAUCGACAAGUCUCCUUUGAACGCCUCCGACACACAAAGACACAUCCCAAAGUUCCAGAUCAACAAACGGUAGUGUGUCCUACAAACGUUCAACCAUUGGCUCUGCCUGGACAGGCCAUGGGUAUGAAAACGGUAUGGAUGGUGCAAAAUACCGCCUCUGUCCCGGUCGUGUUGAGUUGGGUCGCCCCCGACACUCUGCGAGAAUUUUCCGCAAUGGAUGCGUCGAUUGCUCCACCCCAAGCCGAUCCGAAUGCCAUUGUCCCGCCAGGAUCAGGGGCCAUCUUGUACGGGUAUGAAGGACAUGUCUUUUACGCCAGAGAAUUGCUGGCCGAUGGAAGCGCUGGCAAUGUCCUGAUCCAGCAUCGCUUGGGUUGGAUUCCCGUGGGAGCUGCCGCGCAGAAUCUAACUUGUUCCACAAUAACGCCUCCUCCCAAAAAGACCCGCAAACUUGCUCUGCCCCCAACGCCCAAAGUCACACCACCCAAGGCCGCUAGCCUUUCUGCAAUCGCUGCAAACAAGGCUCAAAACAUUCUUGCCACAGUUAGUUGGUGGGCUAGCGCCGCUGUUGCCGUCCCCACGGGCAUGGUCGCUGCUGGAUACGACUAUUGGAACAAUGUGGAGGAGGAGGAAGAGCCAGAAGAAGCUGUCAUUGCAGAUCCGGAACCCAAGCCCCAAGAUGAUACAAAGGUACGGGAAGUGGCCGAGUCGCGAGAACGACAAGAAUGCAAUACAGUAGAGGUGGUCUUUCGCAACCGAUCGCCAUGUCCCGUCAAUGCUUAUUGGGUCAACCCCCACAACCAGUGCGAAGAGGUGUUCAAAUUUCAUCUGGGGAUGGAAGCAAGUGUCGACAAUUUCAUGUGGGAUUGGAAGUCUCCAACCAAGGGUGAAUCCACGUUCAUGGGACAUCAAUACGUGUUUCGUUGUUCGGCUAACAACAACCAAGUGGUAGAUUCGGUGUAUCUGCAACCCACACGCAUUGUCGAUUGUCCACGGGACAAGCAACAGCAACAACAACAACCAACGAUCCCUACUAGUGAUGUAGAAACUGCAAGGCAAGUCAAGCUUGUACAGGACGACGCACAGAGUGAAGCGUCGAAUUCCAUGAAGAACUACAGCCGACAACAACAAGCGGUGGAACAAGUCCUCAUGAACACCAUCGAAAUAUGCAACAAAGGAACAGCUGGUGGGGAGUGCAUGAUCCCCGCCAACAUCUCCCAGUUCUUCUUGCCCUCGGAUUCUCAGGAGCAGCCCAAGGCCAACCCUGAACCUGAGUCCACAAAAGCAGACGAAUCAAUAGCGGAAGAGCUACAUCAAGAAUAUCAACAUUUUCUCAAGAAGCUCGAGGGGAAUCCAGAACGAAUGCAACGCUUUUUAGACUACAUGAAGACCCACGGAAGCCAGUAUGAACAAGAAAAUUGAAUUAGGGCAAGGAGGCGAAUGCAUUGAAGCAUUGGCCUGGUACACAUUGCAUAGUCAAAUGGAAAGUAACCUUUAGAAUGUUUAUGUAGCAAGCCAAAACAUCCAAACCACAGUGGAUCCAACAUGAUGCCUGCCUUUCCCAGUCUAAAAUGAGCAUCAUGGGGCAAGCUAUGCAAACAGUAGCAAGGACCUCACUGCAAUCACAUUCGAGCUGCCGGUGAUAGGUGAGCGCACCGCAGUGAGCUAUGCAUGCAUACUAGCUAGUACUACGGUAGCUAUUAAUAGUACUUGAGUGGGUUUGGGUGAAAGCUUUAUUGACG